AUGAGCGUCCUGUUGGAGACCAAUGCUGGCAAUCUGGUGAUCGACCUUUUCGUGAACAGCGCCCCCACCGAGUCCAGGACGUUUAUUGCUCUCUGUCUGAGCAAAUUCUACCACUACUCGCCGUUUGUGAACGUGCGCAAAAACGUCGCCGUGGACUCUGGCAACCCGCACUUUCCAGACCCCAUUGUUGCUCCGCAACCAGAUAAAUUUAUAGACUUCACGCCAUCAUCUAAUUUCAAUCCAGGCAAACUGGGCGAGGUGCUGUUUACCUCCAACGGGGACAAGUUCGGCCCGGAAUUCUUCAUUUCUCUCGGCCCUGCGACGGACAAGUGCGGAUACGUCUUUGGAACCAUUGGCGAGGGUUUCACCACAUUGGAGUACAUCAACAACUGCGUGCUCGACGAGGCCGGCCGUCCGCUCAAAGAUGUUCGGAUUCUGCACACUUUUGUGCUCGACGACCCGUUCUCGCUACUGUUCGAAGCGCCUCCUAGCCCGUACCCUACACAGAAACAAAUCGACUCGUUCAGACUGCUCGUGGACGAAAGUGCUCUCGAAGACAUCAAGGCGGAGUCACAUGCUCUCACGCUGGAAGUGCUGGGCGACCUGCCGUCGGCAAAAAUUCAGCCCAGCGAGAAAGUGCUAUUUAUCUGCAAGCUGAAUCCGGUCACCACGGAGGACGACUUGCGCCUGAUUUUCCAGCGCUUUGGACAAAUCACGUCCGUUGAAGUUAUCAGAGACAGGGUUACCGGCCACUCGCUGUGCUACGGGUUCAUUGAGUUCACCAACAAGUCGGCCGUGGAGCGGGCGUACCGCAAAAUGGAGGGUGCUAUUAUUGACGAUAGAAAAGUCCAUGUCGACUUUUCGCAGAGCACGAAGCGCAAACGAAAUAGAAACGAUUCUACAUAG